CGUAUUGACUAGCGACCGAACCAGAGCAAGAGACCGGGACGGGACGCAGCGGAAGAUGGCUGCGGCGGCGGCGUGGGACGGCCCGACGGCGGGCGAGCUGAAAGCGGCCGGCGCGGAGGCGAUUCCGGGCGGCGUGCGGGUGAAGGGCUGGGUCAUCCAGUCCCACAAGGGCCCCAUCCUCAACUCCGCAUCUGUGAGCCUAUAUGAAGAUAAACUUCAGACUACACAUUUACCUGAGAUGGUGUUUGGAGAGAGUUUUGUGUCUAUUCAGAAUGCUCAAACUGGCGUCAAAUUACAUUUCAAUGCGCUUGAUGCUCUCAAGGCAUGGAAACAAGAGGCAUUGCCACCUGUUCAAGUUCCUGCUGCAGCAAAAUGGAAAUUCAGAAGUAAUCCUGCUGAUCAAGUGGUACUUGAUUAUGACUAUACAUUCACGACACCAUACUGUGGGAGUGAUGUGGUUCUGAACCAAGACGCUACGCAAACAAGUUUAGAUAAAUGUAGCAAUUUGUGUUGGGAGGACACUGAUGACAGGAUCGACCUUGUUGCCCUUUCUGCAAAAGAACCAAUUCUUUUCUACGAUGAGGUUAUCUUGUAUGAAGAUGAGCUAGCUGAUAGUGGUAUUUCAUUCCUUACAGCGCGAGUGAGGGUGAUGCCAACCGGUUGGUUUCUGCUCUUGCGCUUUUGGCUUAGGGUUGAUGGUGCGCUGAUGAGAUUGAGGGAUACCCGUUUACAUUGUUCUUUUGGAAGUAAGGAAGCGAAGCCGGUUGUACUGCGUGAACUCUGCUGGAGGGAAGCAACAUUUGCUGCCAUGUCUGCGGAAGGGUAUCCUUCCGAUUCUGCGGCAUACGCAGACCCGAAUCUUGUCGCCCGCAAGCUGCCCGUCGUGAUGCAGAAGACCCAGAAGCUGAAGAUACCCAGUUAACCUGCCAAGACACCUCUACCGUGUGUUCGGUACAUCUAUGACUGUUCGACCGUGGUCACAACUCUGUUUGCAUGUGUUGUACUCCCUCCGUUCGGAAUUACUUGUCUCAGAAAUGGAUGUAUCUAGACGUAUUUUAAUUCUAGAUACAUCCAUUUUUGAGACAAGUAAUUCCGAACGGAGGGAGUAGAUGUGAGCUACCGUUGCUUUACCCAUUUAUCAUGAAGUUGUUGUGAUUGACGAGUAAUGGUAGGCCAUUGUAGCCUUGGGCUUGUGAACUUGACAGAUAAGAACGACGCUCUGGCAAUCUGGGCAAUACUCAUUCAUCACUGAAUAAGAUGCUUACAGGCUUCAGUUCAUUUUUC